AAACAAAGAAAUUAAGUUCUAUCUAAUAGCAACCGCUGUAGAUAGUGAGACUUAAUAUUUCUAUUUAUUUUUUUUUGUUUAUGUUGCAGGCAGUGUAAGCAGGUAAUUGACAUAGCAGCGCCGAUGCGCCCGCGCCGCGGCGCUACAGUCGCCCGUUUAUCCGACGCCAUUUUCACACAGUCCGCGAGCUUUCCCGCAUCCAGAUCAGUAACCAUCCCCCGCAGCGGCGGUGUUGCGAGACACGAGUCGUGUCGCAAGCCGUGGUGCCCUUCACACGUGCUGCAUUGCAUCCAAGUGUUCUUUAUUCAAAGGGUUGUUUUCAGCCAAUAUUCCACUCUGUCUCAGUCCGAUGACUCUCAUCCAAAAGGCUUUCGAAUCGAAAGCGGAACCAAUGGACGGGCAGCAGUCUAAAGAUGACGGCAAGUCCUUGCGACCCGUGCGAAACAGGAGGUACACUAGGAGGAGUUUAGUGGCAGGCCAAAGGCCUCAAAAGAGACUAUUUACUCCAGAAAUAAAGAGAUAUUUAAAAGAUUGGCUAGUGCGACGAAGAGAAAAUCCGUAUCCGAACAGAGAAGAAAAAAAGUUCUUGUCUCAUGAAACAGGGCUGACAUAUAUCCAAAUUUGCAACUGGUUUGCUAACUGGAGAAGAAAGUUGAAAAACGUUAACUCUGAACGUAAUCAACAAACAUGGGGCCACCUCAUCCGCACGUACAAUGACCGAGCACAAGGUAACGUUGAGCAAUUCAGCAUUUGUUCAGACGACAGCAUAUGGAGCGAGAACGAGCAGGCCAGCCCCAACCCUGAGUCACUCGACCUCGCACGCAGCAUUAACGACAGUCCUGAUCAAACACGGUAUCCCGAGUACGAUUCAGAUUCGUCUUCCGUUAAAGAAAGAUGUGACAAUUUUAACAACAAUUCCUAUAAUAAUGUCCAUGAUAACUGCGCCCUUGAGGAGUCUAAAAAUGUUACAAGUCCAUUGCUGCUAAGCAAGUGGUUAGAGAGCGCAGCCCGCUUUCAACCUAGUGAAACCAAUUACUCGUGGUGGGCGGAUGGUAAACGACGAAAGCCGGAGACCAAAACACAGAGAGCGAUCAACACAUCACGCCACGACCGAGAUGAAGUUGAGGCCGCCAUGGCUCUAACAACUUUGGCCGGCGCUACAAGAAGCUUGACCGCUCCAUAAAUGCCUUGCCAAUAUGGAAAUUCCGGUUGGAAAUUAAGAGGUUUUUUAAGCUAAAGACUGCUUAUAAUAUUCACGAUGGAAAAAACUCAUUGGUAAUAAACCUACGAAAUUAAGAGAAUAACUGAUUGCAAGUACAGUUCAACAGCAUUUCAAUAAUCCAAAAUUCUCUCUAAUGUAGCAUACAGUUACGUGCAGGUUAACUUGAGGCGCGGUUGUCUGUACUUUAUUGUGUAUUAUAACAAUGUGCAACUACAUUUGUAUGCUUUAAAUUCGAUUUUAUAUCUGUGAUUUCAUGCCACUUCGUUUGAUCAAUUUUAUUUAUUAUGUGAUUCACUGUUUUAGAACUCCAAAAUAAUAAACUACAAAAUAAUGACGUCACAGUCAUACAAGUUACAAUUAAAUUAUUGUAUUUUUACAAAGAGAAAAAAAAAAUCAGAAUUAACUACCAAAUAUAAUAACAAUUGUUUAAUAAUAAUAAUAAUAACAAUAUUGUUAUUAUUAUUUGGUAGUGUUGCCACCACACUCAGAGACAUACAUGACCCUUCUGUCACAUAAAAAUUGUUUAUUGACAGGUGUGAAUGACAUUGUUAUCCCAAAGAUAUUAGAAAAUGUUUUUAAAUUGCUGUGGGUUAUCCAAAUAUAUUCAAAUGUGUCCAUGUUUAAUGCAUAAUAAAAAUAUAUGCCACAUUUAAGUUUUGCUCAAGUAUUACUAAUGUAAGACAUUUUGUAGAAUGUAUACCAUAAAAAAACUUUGCAAUUAUGAUUAUUUGAUCUCCAUUAGUUUAGAUAUAAGUUGAAAUACCUGCCAAAGAUAAUGAUUGAAGUUUAA